AGGACAAGCCGCACUUACGUAGAUACUUAAGUUCUAGUGUAAUUUUCCCUCAGUGUGACAUACGUUCUUUGGUUAAUUUUUGUAAAAUACUAACUAAGAUGAUCCACAGUAUUGAGAUCGUAUUGUUCUGCGUAAAUUAUGCUUGAAAAUACGUUCUUUUGUUUCAGAAAUACUACGAGAUGAAACUGUUAGUUACCUAUAUGGUCACCAUCGCGACCUGUUUAAUUACUUAUUAUUGUCACGAUAUUCAAUUAGAAGGGAACCCGCCAGAAAAAAUACCUAGGGUAGAGAUUUACGCACUUGAGGGACGAAGGGCAGACCUUCCGUGUAACAUCACAGCAGAUCACCCAAAUGACAGGAUUUCUCUUGUUCUUUGGUACAACAACAAAUCGCCUUCACCACUGUAUAGCCUCGACUCCAGACGCGGAAACUUUGAACAUGCAAGACAUUGGAGAAGCGAUCAGUUAGCAUCUCGAGCAAAUUUCCAUAUCCACGGAAAUCCUGCGUAUCUUCAACUAGACCAUGUGACUACCAAAGAUGAAAGUGUCUUUAUAUGCCGAGUGGACUUCGAAAAUGCCAGAACUCGGUAUCAAGAAAUUGGGCUGAAUUUAAUAGUUCCUCCAAGAAAACCGAUAAUUAGAGACGAGAAGGGUCAAGUCCAACAGAGUCUAAUCGGACCGUACAAUGAAGGAGAUCCACUGAUACUUGAGUGUGAGGUAGCUGGAGGAAAUCCUCAACCGAAUGUGACUUGGUGGAGGGAAUCUGUGCUUUUAGAUGACACCUUCGAAGUCACAUCUGAUCUUAUAUUUCGAAAUACGCUGAAGAUCCCAUCCUUACAACGUCAUGAUCUAAUGGCAGCGUUUACAUGUGAAGCUUCCAACAACGGCUUCACGUUACCUUCUUCUACUUCAAUUACAGUAGAUAUGAAUUUUAGGCCUCUAGACGUGAGUCUUCAUGGAGAUCAAAACUCCUUUUCCGCUGGAAAAAUGUCUCAAAUAAAAUGUCGUUCUGUUGGUUCGCGACCGCCAGCUGUUAUAUCCUGGUACAAGGGAAACGUUCGAAUGAAAUCUGCCAAGUCUGUAGUGUCCGUGGAUGGAAAUGCUACAACCAGCAUCUUGGAAUUUAGACCAACAAUUGAAGACAACGGAUUAUACUUGUCUUGUAGAGCAGAAAACAGCUUGAUCAAGGGUAGUAAUGUUGAAAAUGGCUGGACACUAAAAAUACAUUAUCCGCCACAGCUUACUCUCCGUCUUGGCAGCAAACUACGCCACAGUCGCAUUCAAGAAGGAAAUGACGUAUACUUUGAGUGCAGUGUUAAAGCGAGUCCGAUGGUAAAAGAUAUUAUAUGGAAAUUUGAGGGGCGAGAAGUUCAUCUCAACACAACAGCUGGUAUCAUUAUUAGCAAUCAGACUCUGGUCCUGCAACAUGUGAAGCGGACUAGUAGAGGGCGAUAUACUUGUUUCGCAACUAAUAGCGAGGGACGUGGAGAAAGUAAUACCGUCAUCCUAAGGGUACAGUAUGCCCCCGCCUGUAAACCAGGUCAGAAGACGAUUUACACUACCACAGUGAAUGAACCUGUUCACGUUAUUUGUGAAGUAGAAAGUGAUCCCGAGGAUGUUGUAUUUAAGUGGAGAUUUAAUAAUUCUCAUGAUACCCACGACCUCAGUAACUUUAAAUCCCAUAAAACAACGAGUACUGUCACUUACGUUCCAAAAUCAAAAUACGAAUUUGGGAGUCUGUCUUGUACUUCAUCUAACAGCGUCGGAGGCCAAGAUGUUCCUUGCGUCUACUCUAUCACAGCUGCAGGUCCUCCUGAAUCAGUUCGGAAUUGUUCUGUAACCAACCAAACUCGAUCUGGAAUUGCGGUAAAAUGUGCAGAUGGAUAUGACGAAAGUUUAACGCUACAACUUUUUGUAGAAGCUUACGAUAUAACGACUAGUAGUGUUGUGGCAAAUUUUUCCACAAUUUCCCCGUCUUUUGUUAUGAAAGGUCUUCCUUCUGGGUCUAACUUCGUUUUGAAAAUAUAUGCUGUCAACCAUCAUGGUAAAAGUGAGCCUUUAAUUCUAAAAGGAAGAACGGUACAAACAGCUGAGACUCAGUCUCGCCGAGAAAGCGAAUGGAAAAUUCCUGUCAAUCCAGUUUUAAUUGCUCUGCUGUCCAUUGUCGGAAUUUUAGUCGUAAUUGCCCUUUGUGUAAUCAUCAUUUUGAAAACAAGACAAAGUCGCCGACGCAAAGAAAAUCGAAAAUCCCUGGGAAAAAUCACAGAAUACUCAAAUCAACCAGAUAAAGACAUAUUGUCUGCUGACGAAUUCUCCAAAGAAAUGUACGAAGAAAACUGCCCUGAUGUAAUCCCAGCGGAUUCCAAAUACCUUGAAAUUCCUGUAUGUAAUAUUGUCAAUCAAGAAGAGCGCCAAAGUCAGAAGGGAGUUUGUCUAGUUGCAGGAUCAUCCCACCAAGAUUCCACUAAUAAUUUUGAAAUACACCAAGCAGUGCCCACUGAGAACGAGAAUCAUCAGGUACCGUGGAAAGACCCGAGCUUACUUGAAGAGGGAAUGUACUCAGGUCACCAUAGCGGAGACUAUAUUGAUCUUCAGACAUGUUACAGACAAGACGUAGAUGAGGCGUCGUUAACAGCACGUGAAAGAAACUACAAACAAACGGACGUCUGAGAUAGCCACAAUAAUGAAAAGUGAUUCAGUGUGCCUUGCUUUUUGUUAAAUAGUGGUAAUGAUUGCUUUGUUGUUCUUGGUACCACAAGGUGUCAGUUAGUAAAGGCAUUCUGCAUGAUGUAUGAUGUGUGAAUAAAAAAAAAAGUUGAUGCCCAAUAUAAUACUAUGAUUAAAAACUAACAGCGAUAACGUAAUAAGUUAUCACCAAAUCGUGGAUCUAUAAAGCUGAUUUCUCAGAGUUAUACGAUUUCCGAGGCGUCAAUCCAGGUGACCCAAACCUAUGAAAAAUCGGUACAUUUUAAUUUUGGCAUAGCAAUUAAGAUAACUGAAAAAAACGGAAUGAUCUGCACUGAAUACAAUUAUAAAGAAUUACGAUGAUUUGUAACAUUUGGUGUCGACAAUCGCAUACCUGUAAAUUGCUCUGAUAUUGUAAAUACUAUAGCGCUUUAUUUAAGACUACGCAUGUACGUCGUGAAUAUUGAAACAUGAAAGUCAUCCCUAACGUAUUAAAGUAAAAUGCUGUACUUUUUAAAAUUUAAAGUGGGAGAAAUGAAGAGUCAAUUUUGUUUAAAUCAAAUUUAAACAGGAAUAGGUUUCAGCAAAGUAAGUGUAAGUAACGCAAAAAUUACUAAAAGGAUUAAAUACACUUAUUGUUGUUGUUUAACACUCAUAACGUAGUUAAAUUAAUAUGUAGAAUUAUAACGGACUUUUCUCUACGUUAAAAUAUUUUUAUUUGGGAGCUUUCGUCCUUCUUACCGAAGCCUUCAUCGGGCAACAAUGUUCAUUGUUGCCCGAUGAAGCUCCAGUAAGACGACCGAAAGCUCGCAAAUGACUAUUAUUGUUUAUAACUGACAACCUUGAAUUGUCAGCAGUUUUGUUGUUGUUGUUGUUGUUUUGUUUUUCGGUGUACGUAAUGAUAUAGCCUUGUAAGUCAACAAUAAUUCAAGUUUUGUCUUUGGUUGUUGUUGUUUAUAUUUUUGAAAAUUUUGUUGUUUAAAUCACGGAAAUUAUUAUUUGCUUGGAUUGAAUAUCUGUAUUUCUAUGAUUU